CGCACCAAUCAACUAUCGUCGCGAAUAAUUCGUGGGCAUGCUUGGACUAUGGCGAAUUUUGAGAUCGUGUGCGUCGCUUGUAAGAACCCACUGGCCGAGAUGGGUUGGCGGAUACUAGACUCAUAUGUCUGCCGAGUAUAAAAGAAGCCUCCUCAGACCGGUUACUAGAGCUGACGAUAUGCUUACCAAAUUUCCGCUCCUACACCGCAUCUUUGUAACCGCUCCAGGUUCACGAUGAAGGCGUUUUCCCUAUUUUCUGCAGCCUGUCUAGGCGUUUUGGCUGUUGCGAGCCCGGUAGCAGAACGAGCCACAAGUCAUGUUGGCUAUCUGGUCUCUACCUUCACCGACGCCAAUCCCAAAGUGCAGCAGUAUCUCUCGAACGGGAACAACGCGUACAGCUUCAGAUUCCUGAACAAGGGCAACCCCGUCCUCGCGUCGACUGUGGGCACCAAGGCCGUCCGAGACAUAUUCCUUGCCACCAACACCGCACGGUCCGGGUAUUACCUGCUGGCCACAGACCUUGACAUCAAUGCCUCUGGAUUCUCUUGGGACGCCGCAACGCGAACCGGAUCCCGCGGCAUCGUGGUGUGGAAGUCCACUGACCUGGUGACAUGGUCCGCUUCCAGCCUGCGAACAGUAGAGGCUUCUACUGCAGGCAUGGUGUGGGCGCCAUCAGCUGUUUGGGACGACGCGACCUCGCAGUACUACGUCUUCUGGUCCUCGCGUCACUACUCGACCUCGGACACUGGUCAUACCGGCACUGCUACGUUGGACAGAAUUCGUUAUGCGACAACGAAAGACUUCGUCACCUUCAGCCCACCAGCAGAUUAUGUCGCGCUCAAGGAUACACCAUUGAUCGACCAAGAGUUCCAGUAUCUUGGUACGAAGGGAAGCUAUGCGCGGUUCUUGAAGAACGAGACAACACUGCAAGUGUACGAGGAAACGACCACCGGCGGUCUGUUUGGAACAUGGACGAGGGUAAGCGGAUACGUGACAAAUGAUAAUCCGAGGGAGGGUCCUGCGAGCUUUGCGGAUAACACGACGCCCGGGCUGUACCACCUAUGGUUGGACAACUACACGGAGUAUGUGCCUUUCAAGACCACUUCCAUAAAAACCGGAGGGUGGACCGCGGAGACCGUGUCUGGUUUCCCAACAGGACUGAAGCAUGGAAGUGUGACGCCGUUGACGCAGGCGGAGUACGAUAGAAUUGCUGCGAAGUAUCCUUCCUAGGGCAGCAAUCAUGUGGUAUGUCGUCGUCCAUAGCCAGCAUAGGAACGCUGCGUAUGCAAAGGUUUAUAAGCACCACGAAACAUAAAACGUACCUCAGGAGCUGUGCAUGUCCUCAAUAUGCCAGGUACCCGUCUGAACGUGACGGCUGUCGUCGUCGUUGGUUGUCACUUUGCUGCGAUGUUGUCUGAAAGCUUCUGCGACAUCAUCUGUUUGUGUAAGGUUGCGGGCCGUAACUAGGUCGGCGGGAAUACAGCUGUGUUCCAGCCUCAGCUUGACACGGAUGAGCCGCUACAUAAACGAGACAUUGGGCUUGUUUAUGUCACUUAGUUCAAUUAUGCCGGCAGUAGAACAAUAUACUCAAAGGCCUAAAUCACGGUGAUUGAGAAAUUAAAUUUCAUCUCACAACACUGAGGACGUCAUUUC